AUGAGACUGAAAUACACCACAGACGUUUCUAUCGGCUUGACAACUUUUUAUCUGAAGAUCACUGGCUUCUGGUUUGCAGUGAAUCGCGUGAGGGAAUGUUUCAGGAGUGUUGCGGUGAUUUAUACCGCCUUCACGGUCCUAUUUUGUCUCGGAAUUCAGAUCAGAGGUCUUUAUUUUUGUUGGGCUGAUUUUACCAUCAGCACUUUUAUCGCAUGCAAUGCCGUGGGCUUAGUCAUGAAUUUCUCCAAGUUGUUUUUAGUGUUCAUUCAAAAGAAAAAAUUUCUUCAAUUGAUCCGGUUUAUGCAAAAGAAUUUCUGGCAUUCGAACUAUGAUUUCUAUGAAAAGCGAAUCGUCGCUAGCGUUAAGAAAAUGUGCACUUACCUCGUCUGUACGUUUUCAUUCUUCUCACAAUUUACGGUUGUCAGUUAUUGUAUCAGGCCAGCUAUAUCAAAUGUUGGAAAGAAUGAAUCAGAUAGGGCGCUUAUUUUUCCUAUGUGGCUCGAUUUACCAUUGUCCAAGACGCCAUAUUUUGAAAUAACGUACGUCAUACAGGCAUUGAGUUUGUACCAAUCUGGAGUAAGUUAUCUCUGUUUCGACAAUAUCUUUUCCAUCAUGUGUCUGCAUGCAGCUGGACAAUUUCGUAUAUUGCAGUACAGAAUGACAAAUAUUCACAAAGUGAAAAACCUGUAUGAAGAUAAUGAAAAUUCGAAUAAGGAUGUGUUAUAUUUAUCGGACGUAUGUGUAGCCGCAUUUAGGGAAUGCAUUCGACAGCAUCAAAUUCUCAUCGAAUUCUGUAAAAUAGUGGAUGAAGUGUUCAGAGUGAUUAUGCUCUUGCAAGUGUUAACUUUUAGCAUGCUGGUGUGUUUGGCAGGGUAUCAAUUAUUUUUGGUGGAUUUAAAUGUUCCAAUGCGCAUUUCUAUAAUAUUCUUCUUAUCAGCAAAUAUGUGUCAGUUGUGGAUGUUCACUUACAGUUGUGACACCAUGACACGAGAAAGUUUAAGGGUUGCUGUAGCAGCGUACGAAGCACCAUGGAUAUACCUGCCAAUGGACAAGUUUGGGAAAAUUAUACGGAAAGAUUUGCAAAUUGUCAUCAUGAGAUCGAGAAAAGCCUGCCAAGUGACUGCCUGUCAAUUUUUUGCUGUAUCGCUCGAAACAUACACUAGGAUCAUGAGCACAGCGAUGUCGUAUUUCACUUUAUUGAAACAAGGUUCAAUCGAUCCAGCAGAUACAUAAUUUCAUAAUUGUUAAUCUUUAUUAAACGCAUAUAAAAGAUAUCAUAUACUACAA